AUGACCCCAGCGGAGCGGCUUCGGAAACACCAGCGAGCCCUCGAAAAGACACAGCGCGAGCUUGACAGGGAGCGGGUGAAGCUAGAGAACCAGGAGAAGAAGCUUGUGGCAGACAUCAAGAAAAGCGCGAAGAAUGGGCAAAUGGGACCGCUCAGGAUACAGGCCAAAGACCUUGUGAGGACGAGGAGGUACAUCCAGAAGUUCUACCAGAUGCGGACGCAGUUGCAGGCGAUAUCCUUAAGAAUACAGACUGUCCGGAGUAAUGAACAGAUGAUGCAGUCCAUGAAAGGCGCGACGACUCUGCUCGGCAGCAUGAACAGGCAAAUGAACCUCCCAGCGUUACAGCGAAUUGCCAUGGAGUUUGAGAAGGAGAACGACAUCAUGGAUCAGCGGCAAGAGAUGAUGGACGAUGCCAUCGACGACGUUACGGGUCUGGAAGACGAGGAGGAGGGUGAGGAGGUCGUCAACCAGGUGCUAGACGAGAUAGGGAUAGAUCUGGGUCAAGCGCUUGGAGAGACGCCAUCUGGUCUCCAGAAGACCACAGUGGCAGAAGGUCGAGUGGCACAAGCAGUAGGCGGAGGCGAUCCCGGGGACGACGACCUGCAGGCCAGACUUGACAGUUUAAGAAGGUGA